UGGACCCCUGAGAGGUCAAUGGGCAGCAACCAAGAGGAGAAACUCCUGCGUCAGCUAAGCCAGCUGGACCAUGAUGAAGACCUCCUGGAUGACGCUGACAGCACGGGACUCCUGACUGCCUCCCGGGAAGAGCAACUGUUGGAGGGGGAGAAACAGUCCCCCGUUGCUGGGCAGGGCCCCUUCUUCUACAUCGGGGGCACCAAUGGCGCCUCUAUAAUCAGCGCCUACUGUAAGAGCAAAGGCUGGCAGCGCACCCAGGACAGCCGGCGGGAGGACUACAAACUCAAGUGGUGUGAGGUCAAGUGCCGAGACACCUACUGCAGCUUCCGGGAAGGUGAACAGCUCCUGUACCAGCUCCCCAACAGCAAGCUCCUCACCACCAAGAUAGGGCUGCUCAGCACGCUGAGGGAGUACGCGAGGGUCGUGAGCAAGAUCAACAAGACGUCCAUGUCCACCCAAACCAAGAUCCUGAAAAUGGAAGACUUCUUCCCAGAAACCUAUCGUCUAGACAUCAAGGAUGAGCGAGAGGCUUUUUUCACCCUAUUUGAUGAGACCCAGACCUGGAUCUGCAAGCCCACAGCGUCCAAUCAGGGCAAAGGCAUCUUCCUGCUAAGAAGCCAGGAGGAUGCAGCAGCCCUUCAGGCCAAGACACAGAACACGGAGGAUGACCCCACUUCCCGCAAGAUGUCCUUCCGAGGGCCUCAGGCGCGAAUCGUGCAGAGGUACAUCGAGAACCCACUGCUCCUGGACGGGAAGAAGUUUGAUGUGCGCUCAUACCUGCUCAUCGCCUGCGCCAUGCCCUACAUGGUCUUCUUUGGCCACGGCUACGCCCGCCUCACCCUUGGGCUCUACGAUCCCCAGUCUGAUGACCUCAGUGGCCACUUGACCAACCAGUUCAUGCAAAAGAAGAGCCCCCUCUACAUGCUGCUCAAAGAGGACACGGUGUGGAGCAUGGAGCACCUUAAUUGCUACAUCAACGACAAGUUCAGGAAAACCAAGGGCCUCCCCAGAGACUGGGUCUUCACCACCUUUACGAAGCGGAUGCAACAAAUCAUGGCCCACUGCUUCCUGGCUGUCAAAUCCAAGCUGGACUGCAAACUGGGCUACUUCGAUCUCAUUGGCUGUGACUUCCUGAUCGAUGAGAACUUUAAGGUGUGGCUGCUGGAAAUGAACUCCAACCCGGCCCUACACACCAACUGUGAGGUGCUGAAGGAGGUGAUCCCUGCUGUGGUCAUGGAAACCCUCGACCUGGCGUUGGAGACCUUCCAGAAGAGCCUGCACAGCCAAAAGAUGCUGCCUUUGCUGUCUCAGCGUCACUUUGUGCUUCUGCACAACGGCGAAACGGACCUGUGGCCACGCCUGGGCGGCUUGCGGCCAAUCUACCGGCCCUCGCCCGCGUCCCUGGGUCCCCGGCCGUCCUGCGAGACCGCUCCCUCCGCGCCGCCGCCCCAGGUCCGGGCCGCCGACCGGCCGGGCGCACGCAAGCCCGCGCCACCUCGGGGCUCCAGCGCACCGCGGUCCUGCUCGGCCCUCCAGCGCCGACCCCGGCAGCAACAGGACCCCGAGGCCCGGGGGCUCGGCGCCGCGGGCUCCCUGCCCGCCCCCUGGGACGCCGAGGCCCCGAGGCCACCCGAAGACGGCGGGGCCCCGGCCCGGGAGUGCUCCCCGGAGCGGGUGGGGGACGAGCGCGAGGAGGAGAGCAAAGGGCGCAAAACCCCGGGCCACCGGGGCUCCUAA